AUUUAAUUUGACAGUUGACAUUUUCUUUUAUAAAUCCUUAGGCCUCUAAAAUUAAGCGCUAAAACAAAAUGGAACCAAUGACACUGGGUAGCGCGCCUUCAAGUCCAGCUUCUCCAGGCAUAAACCCAAACUUUUUACCAGGAUUUUUAAUGGGGGACACGCAGCCCAGCACACCAAACCCAAGCACAUCACCUGGACGAAACAGAAAUUCCGGUAAUUUCAAAAUGGGGAUGGCAGUUACAGAACCUCGAAGCCUAAGACAGAAAUUGUUCAACCAGUCAUUAACUGAGAGUCCUGCCUCUAUGUCGCCUUUCUCUGCUGUGUCGGAAAAAGCAGGUCCGCCAAAACAGGGGCUGUUUGAUACGCUUGAACAAAAUAGAAAGCCUACAAGUCCUAUUAUGAGUAGUACGGCUGUGCAUUAUGCAGAUUCGCCAAUUUUUAACGAAAGUGUGUCUAGGAUAAACGAGGAGAGUUUCAAUUAUAGUAGGAAUAUGAGUAAUAUGGAUAGAACAGUUAAUACUAGCAGGGUGGAAAAAAUUGAUUCUAACUGGAUUACUGUAUUUGGUUUUCCUCCUAGUGCUUUAACUUUAGUUCUUUCUCAAUUUUCAAAUUGUGGGCCAAUUGCAGAUAAAAAGAUUCCUUCUCAGGGGAACUGGAUACACAUAAAGUAUAAUAAUUUAAAUGAGGUUUCUAGAGCAUUAUCUUUAAAUGGUAGAUUUUUGAAUAACAAUAUUAUGAUAGGGGUACAGUUACAUAACUUUAGGGAAAAUAAGGAGAAUAACGAUUGUUCUACAGGGUAUACAUCUCCAAUAAGAGCAAGGUCUCUGAGACAUUCUUUCAUAUCUCCUCACCAUUCUAAUACUGUGAUUGCCCCACAAACUGUUCCACAAAAAUCAACUGGGCUUGUUACUAAAGCUAUGGAGUAUGUUUUUGGGUGGUAAUUAAUAAAUUUACUUUGUUAGGUAUCUCUUUUUAAAUUUAUAAUAUCUUGUUGUAGUAGGUGUCAUAUUUAUAUGUUUGUAUUGUUUUAUUCAGCAGUGUAGAGUAAUUUUACAGUGGUACUUAUAUUUUUUUAAAUCUAUGUUUAAAUAUUG